GACCCUCGCAGAUCAAAGAGGAAAUCAAAAGCCACGCCCGCUGACAAGCCCUAGAAUCCGCUACCAGAUUCUCAGAAAUGGUGAAGAAGCGCGUGCCCGAGUGGCUCAACAGCUCGCUCUGGACGUCCGCGCCAUCCCCCGACGACGACGACGAUCGCCUCCAGCGCAACUCCACCAGACCCACGACCACGACCACCACCAUAUCCUCUGCCCCCGCCGUGGACCCCGGGCCCCCUCCCUCGUUCGCCGGAGCUGAGCCUCCUAAGCCACCAGAAACCAAAGGCUACCCCACCAACGACAGCGCUAGCAACGAUCGCGCUCACAAUGGCUCAUCCGAAGACGCCGGCCCCUCCGCCGAGGACAUCUCUCGCCAGGCCCAGCUCCUCGCCGAGAUAUCGAAGAAAGUGAUAAACAUGCGGGACCUGCGGAGAAUUGCGUCGCAGGGGAUACCGGAUGGCGCUGGGAUUCGUUCCACGGUGUGGAAGCUCUUACUGGGUUAUCUGCCGCCGGAUCGUGGGCUAUGGUCGUCCGAAUUGGCUAAGAAGAGGUCACAGUACAAGCAAUUUAAAGAGGAGCUUUUGAUGAAUCCUUCGGAAAUCACAUGGAGGUUGGAUAAAUCUAGUAGUUGUGACAAAGACGAAUCAAAAAGUGAAAGCAAGGGCUUGCUCUCAAGAUCAGAAAUAACCCAUGGGGAGCAUCCUUUGAGUCUUGGGAAGACCAGCAUAUGGAAUCAGUUCUUCCAGGACACAGAGAUCAUAGAGCAGAUUGACCGAGAUGUGAAGCGCACCCAUCCAGAUAUGCACUUUUUCUCUGGGGAUUCACCAUUUGCACAAUCUAAUCAGGAGGCUUUAAGGAACAUAUUAAUUGUUUUUGCAAAGUUAAAUCCGGGUAUAAGAUAUGUUCAGGGGAUGAAUGAACUUUUGGCUCCUCUAUUCUAUGUAUUCAGAAAUGACCCUGAUGAGGAAUAUGCGGCCUCUGCUGAAGCAGACACAUUCUUUUGUUUUGUUGAGAUAUUGGGUGGAUUCCGUGAUCACUUCUGUCAGCAACUUGAUAAUAGCGUAGUGGGAAUCCGUUCCACAAUUACAAAGUUGUCACAACUUCUUAAGGAACAUGAUGAGGAGUUGUGGCGUCAUCUUGAGGUCACAACCAAAGUCAAUCCCCAAUUUUACGCAUUUAGGUGGAUUACUCUCCUCUUGACUCAGGAAUUCAAUUUUGCCGACAGCCUUCACAUUUGGGACACACUUCUAAGCGACCCUGAAGGUCCUCAGGAAACCCUUCUUCGAAUAUGCUGUGCUAUGCUGAUCCUCGUUCGGAGACGCCUUCUUGCAGGUGAUUUCACUUCAAAUCUCAAACUGCUCCAAAAUUAUCCUCCAACAAACAUCAGUCAUUUGCUCUAUGUUGCCAACAAGUUGUGUGUACAAUCCUUGGGCUAAUUUUGUAAGCCACUCUUUUCCUCCUCUUUUUGGUGUUUCAAAAUUUAAUGUCUAUAAAUGACUGGAUGUAAAUGUUGCUUGUAGUAAUAACUGACAGGCAGGGAGAAUAUCCUUAAUUUUAUUUUUUUCCUGAAAUUUACUGCUACAUUGACCUAACAGGCAUGUGUAAUUUUCCAUUUCCCAACACCCCCCCGUUUCUCUUCUCCUUUCCCCAAAUUCUGGAUAGAUGAGGUGAUCAACUAAGAAGAGCGAAUGUUAUGUAAUAUUUACUCGUGCAUAUUCUUUUAUAUGGUGUCAGUAAUUGAUCGAGGAUUUUGUCA